AGUUUCUCCUACAAGCGCUGCGAUGUUGCUCCCGGAAGUGGCGGUGCUGUCGGUAGUUCUGGGACAAGAGAUGAGCGACCCUUGCCCUAGAGCGGCUUUCGGUUGCUGAGGCUGCGGAGCGGCCUAGAGCGGGAGGGCCCUUAUGCGGGGUUGGUGCCUCAGGGAAUCCCUUGGGAAAGCCGAGGGGCCUACGGCGGAGCUGCCCUAGGAGGCUGCAGGCCCUACGGCGCGCUUAACACAUAAGGCGGCCUCCUCGCAGAGCUGCACUAGGAGGCCCGACGUUCCCUGAGGUGCAUCAGGAGGCCCAUCGGGAAAGGCCGCAGCCCCGCGGGAGAGAGAAGGAGCCUGCAGGAGUUUUCCGUCUCCUCCCCCGGGCGGGAGGCAAAGUGAUUAGAGCGAUGGAUUCCUGGGUGCGAUUCAGUGCCCAAAGUCAAGCAAAAGAGCGGGUGUUCAGGGCUGCCCAGUAUGCCUGCACUCUACUUGGCUACACACUGCAGAAGAAUGGAGCCAGUCCUGAUUUCCUUGCGAGGAUCAAGCAGUUAGAGGCUCACCUGAGCUUGGGACGCAAACUAUUCCGGCUUGGGAAUUCUAGUGAUGCCCUGGAAGCAGCCAAACGGGCUAUUCACCUGUCGGACAUGGUCCUUCGGUUCUGCAUCACUGUGAGCCACCUGAACAGAGCCAUGUACUUUGCCUGUGACAAUAUCCUAUGGGCUGGGAAAUCUGGCCUCGUCUCACACAUGGACCAGGAGAAAUGGAGCCAGAGAUCAUUCAGGUACUACCUCUUUGCACUGAUAAUGAACCUGAGCCGGGAUGCCUACGAAAUCCUGCUGCUGAUGGAGCGCGAGGCAAACGGGAAGUGCCAAAAGGGGGGCGGGGACAACAGCAGCGCUUCCAGAGAAGACGGCAAGCUCCAGCAGCUGGCCUUGAGGCUGAAGCUGCAGCUCCGCCUCCUGGCACAUGUGCUGAGGAACAACCCACCCCUCCUCCUGGACCUGAUGAAAAACGCCUGUGACAUUUUCAUCCCACUGGACAGGCUGGGUCUGUACAAGACCAGCCCGGGUUUUGUGGGGCUCUGUGGCCUGACGUCUUCUAUCCUCUCCAUCCUCACUAUUGUCCACCCUUGGCUGAAGCUGAAACCUUAAGAACGUGUCGGAGGGGGUAAGGAUUGUCUGGCUUCUGCAGAGACAGCAGAGUUCUUCGCAGCGUUCUUCUUCAGCAAGUGACCAUGCUGAUGAGCUGAUGGGAUUACUCAGCCUGUAGCUAUUGUGGUGGCUGCAUUUCCUUGGAACGUGGCAGGUCUCAGGCCUGUUCUCCUGAACCUUCUGUUUUGCACUCUUAAGUGGCGACCCAGAGCUUCGUCGCCAGAUGUCUUGAAACGCCAUACCACAGCCUGCCUAUGAAGAUUCUGUCCUGUGCAUCCUCCCCCUCCCCCUUUAUGGCUCCAAAAUGGCUCUUCUUACUCCACAGUAGCCUUUUCCCCAAAUCCUCCUUUCCCAUGGGUCAGCCUCACACACCCUGUGGGAAUGUAUCCCUCAUUUCUGGGCAACCAAAUGAAGGAGGUGGCUAGAACAAGAGGUCUUGUCCUGAGUCUCCAUGUCCAGCUGGCAGAAGGUGGAUGUAACAAGAUGCUCUGGAACAAGCCUCACUGGACAGUAGGCCUGCUGCAUCCCUUGUUGCCUUGGCAACCAUACAGGGUGGGCCUAGGCCUUGUGGUAUUCUCUGUCCUCUGCUUGCUGUUUUGGAGACUGUGAUGAGGAACAGCCAUGGAGGUGGGGCUUCACUGGAACUGAAGGUUAAGCAGAUGCUUAAUAAGCUAGGCUGAUCUGUUCCUCAGAAAGAAAGCCAUGGCUUGAUAGGGCAAAGCCCUGACGUAUCUGGUGUUCCACGAGAUGCUUGCAGUUUCUCAUCUAUGCCUUCAUUUUCUACUCUCUUCAUUCUUUCAUUCCUUUUUCACUCUUGAGCGUAACCGUUUCCCUACCAUCUACCCACCUGCUCACCCUUUUUUUCCUUUUAUCUUUGCAAUCUUGUCUUUGAGCCAAAUGUCUGGAGCUAAAUGUAACUAUUUCCUCUCCACCCCACCUCUGAUUACUUUUUAAAAAUAGUUUGAUGGCUUGCUUUGGUGCCCACCCACCCCACUAAGUUCUGAGCCAGGGAGUGCUGCUGUUUUUCCUGCACCAUGGGGUUUCCACACAGAAUGUGAUUUCACACUCCAAAAUCUUGAGCUGGGAGAGGGGUUGUGUUUUAGGAGAGGCUUAGCCGUCAUUGCUUUGCAUCAUCCAGGUCCAACUCCAAAGAGGGCUCCUGUCACAUGGCAGAAUUUUGCCACAGGCAACUUCUCGCUUUGCAGAGCUCCGGUGAUAGGAGAAGCUGACCCUGUUUCAGUGUCGCUUGUAAAGGAGACCCAGGAACCCUUUUGGUCUUGGUAAUUUUAUUUAUUCUAAUACCUUAUACCUCUUUCCCCUUAUUUUUAGGCUUGCACAACAGGCAGGCUGAAGUUCAACAUGUGCACUGGUCUCUCUUCACAGUCUCUGUACUGGGAACAGCUGUCACCUGUCUUCGGUGCAGCAGCUGAAGAUGCAUAACUUUUGGGGCUGUUCCCUUUUGGGAGUUCGGGCAGGUGCUUGGCACGACUGAUGACUGUAUUUUAAAAAAAUGGGCUGCAUAUUGAGAGCUAAUGUUUUGAGAGGAAGGUUCUGAUUAGCUUCUCCCUGAUGAACUAGUUUUCUUUGGGCAGGGAAUAUUUUUUGAAUGGAGGGCUGUGAGCAGCAGUGCAGCCUGGCACCCCACUGAGAACUCUGCCAGGGGAGAAAAACUGGUCCCCCUCCUUCCCUUUCCUUUCUGGGCUUCUAGCAGUCCUAACCAGAGUUCAUCCCUUCUGAGACUAUUAUUUUCAAUUGGCUUUGAAGGUUCUGCUUAGGGUUGCUCUGCCAGUCUCUUGCAUGGCGAGUUUUUAGCUUCUUCCCCAAAUCCCAUCUCUGUUCUCCUUCCUCCUGCCUGCUAAUCUCCCUCGCCCCUUCGACUUCUGCCACCAUUCAUCUCCUGUAUUCUUAACUCCGCUCUGACAUUUUGUGUGACUGAGUACCUUAACUGAAAAAGACUGUGCCCUCUUCUUUAAACCAUUGGUUCUACUUUGGAACUCCCCCUGCACCUGUACUCCCCUUGUAAGAUUACUAAAUAAACACAGUUGAUCCUUUUGAUCCAACCUAUUC